CCUAAGAUCUACUGAUUGCUACUGAUUUCAUAGACUUUAAACAAUGGCUUCAACGGGAGCUAAUGCUCCCUAAAUCCUAGACAUACAACGUGGACUAAACAGCUAGUGUAAAGAAGAGGGACGCUAUGCUACCUGAACAAUGGAAUGGCGAGCUGCGUGCCGUACACCUUUCCGCAUCAGGUAAACUGCGCCAAUGACACGCAUACCUGAGAUAAUUUUUUCCAUGGUUGAUAUCACAAUGGCGUGAAGCAUACAUGUUUUCGGCUCUAGCCGCGGCUUACGACCCUACUAUACUACUUCAACCGCGAACCGUCGCUAGAGCUACUCGUCCGCCCGAGACGGACUUAGGCAUGUUGCUAAGACCGCUGGGUAUUGGCUGGGUCUCACCUGAAGAUGUAACAGAACAGCUUAAGCCCUCACCAGUCUCACUUGCUUUUGCGAGACUUGAGAUAAAUAUCCUGAUCGUCCACCUGUCUGGCCCUGGUGUCUUUCUUUCAUCACACAACCUAUUUGUGAAGCUCUCGACAUCUAUCAAGGUCAUAUAUAACUCAAAGAGAGUCUUCAUAUCCCGAAUCACAUGAUAUACUAAGCAUACCAGAACAAGCAAACCAAAAUGUCUUUCCCAAAGACCUUCAAGGCCGCCGUCCUCGAGCAGGCGGGCCAACCCAUCGUGAUCAAGGAUGUCGAGCUGAAACAACCGGGUCCGAAACAGGUCCUUGUUAAAGUACUCGCGUGCGGUGUCUGCCACACGGAUAUCUUCGAGGCGGCCGGCCAUCUGCACAACGAAUUCCCCCGCAUCCCCGGACACGAGAUCGUAGGCGACGUCGUCGCCAUCGGCAGCAGCGUGACGAGGUUUUCGGGUGGUGAACGGGUCGGCGGACCUUGGCACGGAGGCCACGACGCAACCUGCCGCGCCUGCGCCCGCGGCCAAUACCAAAUGUGCGACAACGCCGCGGUCAACGGCGUGACGAUGGACGGCGGGUACGCCGAGUACGUCCUCCUGCGCGAGGAAGCCGUAGUCCGGGUCCCCGCCACCGCGGACGCCGCCGCCGUCGCGCCGCUCCUGUGCGCCGGCGUCACCGUCUUCAACGGCAUGCGCAAGAUGCGCGUCGAGCAAGGGUCUCUCGUCGCCGUGCAGGGCGUCGGCGGGUUAGGACACCUGGCUAUCCAGUACGCGAGCCGCAUGGGGUACCGCGUCGUGGCGCUUAGUUCCGGCGAGAGCAAGAGGGAGUUUGCGAUGAGGUUGGGCGCGCACGCGUAUGUUGAUGCGGGGAAGGAGGAUCCGGUCAAGGCGCUGACGAAGAUGGGGGGCGCGGCGAUGGUGGUGGCUACGGCGCCGAAUCCGAAGGCUAUUGGCCCGCUGGUGGGGGGUUUGCAGGCUGGUGGGAAACUGUUGGUUCUGGCGCCGGUGGGACCGGUUGAGUUUGAUACGGCGAUGAUGGUUAGUAAGGGGGCGAGCGUGCAUGGGUGGCCUAGCGGGCACGCGUUGGAUUCGGAGGAGGCGAUUCAGUUUGCGGAGGAUCAUGGGGUUAAGUGUCUUAUUGAGAAGUUUAAGCUCGAGGAUGUGGCGGCGGCAAUGGAGGCUUGUAGUACGGGGAAGGUGAGGUUUAGGGGGGUGAUUGUUUUUUAGAUUGGGAUGGGGAAGGGGAUGAAUUGGUGUUGAGCUAGGAGUUGGGUAUGGGAUAUGAUGGGUAAUGAGUUUAGAACUAGAUCAAAAGUUGACUGUCGGUUUGAUAUCAUGUUGAAUGAGAGACUGUUACUUAUGACAAGUCCUUCUUUUGAUUUUGACUUGUAUAAGAGCUUAAAGGGUCAGAAUUGUGCUAACCACGAAUCAAGCUAUCCCCUCUAUCAUCUAUCCGGGUAAUUCACGCCGUUUCUGGUGAGAUGGAAUAGUCGAUUAUGUGAUUAGGGGGAUAGCCAGCCACAUGAUAACACGGGUGCUAUCCCAUGCAUUCUCAAUAUAGUAGCAUACACGUAUUUUAAUCAGGGAAUGUGCUGAUUAAGUAUUACAGGGGGUAACUGAGAACGAAGGUAUUUUGGAAUAUCACACGCUUUAUUUAAUCUGAUGUCGAUUUCGU